ACGGCUAUGAACAACGCAGUUCGAGAGCCGUAUGAAGCAUCUGACAGGCGGAAUGAGCCAGGGGCUACGUCGUUGCCACAUCAAGGCACCAAUCGCUUGGUCUCCUCCCUCCUGAGGAGGUCAACGCGUUUUGCCAAUGGUAUUCUCGAUUAUACAUUCCGAUGCUGAAACGGGGUUCCAGAACGCAACCACCAACUUUUGUACUACAUUCCUAGUCGUCACCACCUCAACUGAAUGAUCCCCACUACCGAAAGAGCUUGGAAGCACCUGUGGCGUCCCAGAGAUGGCACUACGACGACCAAGCCUUCCUUCAGUCACUCUUUUGACACACACACUCAUUUACACUGUCUCUCCUUUGAAACGAAACGGGCUCGCCAAGAUGAAGUCAAUCGUAGUAGGAGCUAUGCUCCUGCGCACCAUGAACGCGCAGAUACCAGCUGGAAAUGCUGUACCUGCCGUCCUACCAGCGAACCCUCUCAACGCGGUAGCACCACUUAUUACUCCAGGAACCGCACCUACUCUCCCUGCCGAUUUGCGUUCGGCUAUCGCGGCUGUUGCCAGUAGUCUUGCUAAGUCAAGUACUCAGGGCAGUGGCGUUGGCUCCCUCGCUGUUGCGCAGGAUGGGGUGGCUGCUCCUGUCGCCGGUCAAGGCGCCUCGCUUCCCCAAGCCGCCCCACUUCCCCAAGGUGUUGGGUCUCCUGUCGGCUCCAACUUAUAUUCUGGCCCCUACGAUCCCAACAGCAUCUAUGACCCUACCAGUCCUUACUAUGAUCCCUAUUCCAAGCCUGUUGGCUGGGGAGGCGAUGACCAUGGCUCCUAUGAGGGUGAGGAUGAUUACACGCGCCCCUCCAAGGGCCCUUACUACGAAGACGAGGAUGAGCCUAGCUAUUACGACGACGAGGAGUGCCCGGCCUGGUGCCUCCCCAAAGAUGAUUACGAAUACAAGAAAGAGCCCGAAUACGAAGACGGAGAGGAGUACUACCCUGAGCCUGAGGACAAGACUUACCCUCAGUUGAAGAAGGUUCGCUCAAUCCUCCGUACUGUGCGCCGCCAGGUCUGGGGUGACGAUGACGAGUCUGGCCAAUACGAUGGCGAGGAUGGCUCCAUUCCAGACUGGCUCUACGACAUCGACGGUGCUCCCAAGAAGCCUACCAAGUCGAAGCCUAAGUGCCCCAAGAGCUGCUACGAGUCCAAGACGAAGGAGUACAAGCCCGAGAGGCCUACAUACGUCAAGACUCGCAAGGGUUACACGACGACCGAGGAUCCUUACUACACCAAGACUGAGGACCCCUACCAAACCACCGAGGCCCCCUACGACCCUACGGGUGCUCCCUAUGACGGGCCUUAUGGCGGAGCCUCCGGCGCUUGGUACCCUCAGAGCAACAGCAGCACAUACCACUGGCCCACAAGCUCUGACGACUUCACUUCCGUUCCUGUUACCGACGAUUCUUCCUCUGAAGAGCCCACGCCUGCCCCUACUGAGUCUGUCCCUACUGAGUCUACUCCUACUGAUACCGAAUCUGUCCCUACUGAGACCGAAUCUAUCCCUACUGAGCCAGUCACCCCGGCUGGUGAGCCGACCGAUGAGGCGACUGCUCCCUAUGAGCCCACCACUUUCGUGACCCAGUACCAGUCCCAGCCCUCGGCCGACUCGUAUGAUUCAUCUUCAUCCGACCCUGGUAGCCCAGCUGGCGACUACACUGGUGAGACGCUCGACACCAUCUGCCCCAACACCUGCAACCCCUUCAACCCCGCCGAGAACUUCUGCGAUAUCACUACCGGAUGCACGACAACUGGUGGAAGCAAGUUCUACUGUGCUUGCCGUGCUGGAUACAGGGCUGACGGCUACAACGCCAAGGACUUCUCCAAGCAGUUCAAGGUCCCCGGUCAGCCUUACGUCUACCUUGCCGUUACCACGACUUGCGGCACUCUCUGCAGCGACUCGACUUGCAGUGAAGUAAUGGAGCGUCCUCAUUGCAAGUAAGCAUGUGUUCUGCGGAAGGAGUAGUAAUGCAUCAACCGAAAGAUCCGGUCUUUGAUCUGUUGUAUCUCAUAUGUCAUAAUUUCAAUAUUCUACACGGUGGAGUUAGGGCUAUAUAGAGAAUCUAAUCUAUGUACAAGCAAUUACAUCUUCUCCAAUAUCUAAACCUCGAAGUGAUUAAAGCGGUGUGAAGUUCCACUACCGAUGCUGGUGUAAGAGAUGUCGAACGACGUCCGACACAGGUCAUGAUAACCUUGGAGCGCUAGUGC